AUGGCCUCCUCCGCCAUUGGAGAGGCUACAUCUCUCCCUUACACGUGCAAUGCCUGCCUGGUAGCCUUUCGCAGCAGUGAGGCUCAGCGAGAGCACAUGCGAAGGGACUGGCAUUUGUACAAUGUGAAACGCCGCGUAGUGUCUCUCCCUCCUGUCUCCCAGGAAGUCUUUACAGAGAAAGUUCUUAAAGCGAAAGCAACAUCGUCCGCCGCUGCCGCGAAAGCCUCCUAUGAGAAGACUUGUGUGGCUUGUCAGAAGACUUUCUACAGCGAAAACUCGUACCAGAAUCAUGUCAAGAGUUCCAAACAUAAGCUUCGCGAAGCUCGUAUGAAGCAGAAAGAAGGCCCCGCGGAUGACACGUCCUCCGUCAUGAGUUCUACAUUUUCUCUGGGGGACCCUAUUAACAAGUCAGAAGCUGCAGACGUGUCUCAAUUAACAAGCAAGUUGAAGACCACAGCCAUCGAGGAGGAGGGCGCUGAUGAAGAGGAAGAGGAAGAAGAGGAUGAUGAUGAAUUCUCCUCAUCUCGUUGCCUCUUCUGCAGAGAACCUUCCUCGGAUCUGCAAUCGAAUGUUGAUCACAUGUUUAAGACUCAUGGCAUGUUCAUCCCCGAGAAAGAUUACUUGGUGGAUCUUGAAGGCCUCAUCCGGUAUCUACACGCCAAAAUAACGCAGAACAAUGAAUGUCUCUAUUGCCAUGCUAUCAGAAGUACAGCAGCAGGGAUCAGGACCCACAUGCGCGACAAAGGCCAUUGCAUGAUCGCCUUUGAAACAGAGGAGGAGCAGCUGGAAAUUGGCCAGUUCUACGAUUUCAGAAGCACUUACUCGGACAAUGAGGACGACGACGACGAGUCUGCGGAGAAUGCAGACGGUGGAGUCAAGGUGCCCCAGUCAGACGACGCCGAUGACGAUGGCUGGGAAACCGCAAGCUCUGCCACGUCUGUAGAAUCAGACGGCGAAUCGAAGCCGUAUCGCCCCUCGCAGCCGAUCUAUCAGACGGACUACGAGUUGCAUCUGCCAUCUGGCAAGAGCGUCGGUCACCGGUCUCUUGCCAGGUACUACCGCCAGAACCUACACAACUACCCGACACCAGAGGAGCGAGCCGCACGGCAGCUCGCUAUCGAGAAUGGUACCGCUCAAGAGGAAGAGCAGAAACCGAGCCGUAAUCACCACCGUGCUGUGAUUACCAGGGCGAAUGGUGGUCUAGGCAUGCUCGGUGCCACCGCUAGCCAGAAGCACGAGGCUCAACUCGCUGAGAGAAGGGAACGGAACCGCGCUCAGCGCGAAGAACAAAAAUAUAUUGCAAAAGUCAACCGCGCAGCCAACAACCAGAAACACUACCGGCUUCGUUCAGAACUAACAGAUUGGUGUACAGGACCCUCUCCUGCAGUGAUCUCGUUUUUGCAACCGUCACUUCCAAAUCUUGGGAAUUAUUCUGCUGCAAUGAGUAUUACGAUCUGCAUUGGAUUGUUCAUGAUUACCUAA